AUGGCACAGCAAAUCCGUGAACGUAGUCGGUCUCCACUCCGGCGUGGCAAGUGCUGGUGGGUAUAUGUGCAGGGUGUUUCCGGUGCUAUGCUGAUCUAUGAGAGCGAGUUGGGAGGCAACAAAAAUGUGGACGAUUGCUUGCUCGCUGCAGCGGAAAGGGCAAAGCUUCCUUUAUCAUAUGGAAACCUGAAUAUGCACGAAACAUCAGAGGCGGCUACUCCUCUAAAGCGGGCAACACCAAUGAGUCGUGUGGCUUCUGGACAAAGUGAGGAGAGGCCGCUCAUCAUCAGCUACGAUUCUUCAGCCAUUCCAGCAGAGGAGAAGCUGCUGAAAGUGACUGGAGAAUACUGGUCUACAUGGAAAGACGUGCAAGUGGGUUCGAUGAUAGCAUUCCGCAUACCGGAGCGGUGGCGCGGGGAGUUUCCUGCGAUCCCGCGCGCAGACGCCGUGCAAUUUUUUUCCAAAUGGACUGGCGAAGGCUCAUCAGCAGGUCCCAGCAGUUCUCGUCACCGCGUGCAAGACAGAUGCAACGUUCUUGGUGGCAAAGGUGGUCAAAUCGCACACAUCCUGCCACACAGUUUAAGUUGCGCAGAAGUCUGGCAGCCUGCUCUCACCACACUUUUUCCGGAUGAUCCAAAGAGGAACAGUGGAGUCCCUUUCACCAAGCUGGUGCAAGGUUCCACGGUCAGAAAUCUGGAACGAUAUUGUUUGAGGCAUGUCAAGUGGAACAAGAUGUGCUUCUUGAACGAGGCUGAACUGUUUGACAACCAGAGAGCCAUAGGACUCAUCCCAUGCAUGGACAUGGAGAGUAUGCUUGGAUGGCGUGGUCAGGCUUAUGAUGCAAUCCUCGUAGCAAAUGAGGCGGACAGCUAUCACAAGGUGCAAAUUGCAGCGGAGCAGAAGCGUGCGACUGAGCAGCAGGUGGCGGAUGCUUUAAAGGGGCUUUGCCGACUCCUGCGCCAUUUGGCCUCGAAGAGCGUGUCAGACCAGGUCAGUCGCGCAGCGACAUGUGUUCACGCCAAAUCCGACUCGAUUGCCAUGUGUCUGGCUUUCCACAGAUCGGUCACUUCUCACGCUGCAAAAGGCGAGGUUGUUGUGCCGAAAUCCACAGGUGGUUUGAAGUUUCCUCGGGUGAGGUUUCAACAAACUGUUUGGGAAUGGGCAACUGAAUGCAAUUUUACUGUGGUCCCUCAUCAUGCGCCGCAUCCAUUGUUUCUAAUGCUUCGUGCUUGCAACUUUCAUGUCCACCACUUAUCUGGAAGAAAGCAUCUGGUCCUUCCAGCAUGUCCUCCACCAAGCAGCGGAACUUCGGACUCCGAAGACGUUGGUGCAAUCCCCAGAUUGAAUGAACUGCGACACUGGUGGGCGAAGCAUUCCACGUCCGCAGGAGCAGCUGACAUUGAAGACCUGCGCAGGCUUUUUGCAAAGUGA